AUGUUUGUGGAGAAAGGAUCGCCGAUCAAAGUAUGGAUCAAGGAGAUUGAAGAUAGGAAUUAUGAGAUAAGAGGAUGGAUUAAGGAGCACGACGAGGGUAGCCAUGAAGGUGACGACGGCGAGGAAGAAGCAUGCUUAGAAGACACAGAGUUAGAGGGUAAUGAUAUUUACCAGGAGGAAGAUAGGGAGGGUGAAGCUCGAUUUGAUAUCAGUCUGGAUGAUAUAUUCAAUACAGAACGAGAUAUCUCUAGGGAUAUAAGUCUUGAGGGGCUGCAUCUUAAUGAUAGUUUUUUAUUAUAA